AUGGGCAUCAAUUUCCUACCUCCGGAGACACUUCACGACAUUUUUGCCUUUUCAGUCGUUUGUCAGCAAUUGUGCGAAUAUUUCUCAUGCCAUGCACUUAGCAUAACCCUGAACCACUACAUUCGCCGACCGCCUCAGAAACGGCUCGUCGAGGUUUUCGAUGUAUGGUUUGACUGA